CCGUCUCCAUCUCCAGGUCUGCAUCGUCUAUUUGUCUCUCUAAGAAUCAAUCGCCGCCGCAUUUCCUUCAGAGCCAUCCGUUGAAGAAAUACCAGCGCCAUCUAUGGAUUUGCCCCUUCAAAUCCAGGGAACUUUUCUUGUUUUAAGAAGGCGCAUGGAUGAGGUCACAAGGAACUUUUUACGAGAAGGCCUUGUGCCAUCAGAAAAUAUGAUUAGCCACAUCAUUGGAAUGGAGAUGGGUUACAUAAAUACUUCCCAUCACAAUUUUAUUGGCGGGAUCCAAGCUGUGGAGAUUUCGUCCCAACAGAUCAAGUAGUCUUCCAGGAUUUCUCCACCCAUUCAGAGGGUGGAGUCGAUGCAGAUAAAGCUCUAGCAUCUCAAAGAAGUCUAAAGUCUCAGGCUAUCCUAGCUAGACCUGUGAAUGGAAUUGUACCAGAGCAGGGUGUCUGGACUGCUCUAGUAGUGGAAAAAACCACGCCUGGAGUCACUACAAGCUGGGGAAUAUCUUCAAAAUUUGUAGGGUCUGAUCAUCGUGCCUUUGUUAAAGUAAAUUCAACGAUCAAGACUUUUAACGAUCCUGUCUAGAGCAUGGAACAUGCUUAUUCUAUUAUUCAAUUUAGAGAGCCGCUAAAUGUCUGGAGGCCCUCAGAAAACCACACAGAGCAGGAGGCAAUAGAGAUAAAUAUCAUAAAACUGUUGCUGAGAUCAUAUUAUAACAUUGUUAGAAAAAACAUUAAGGAUUAUGUUCCUAAAGCAAUCAUGUACUUCCUGGUAAUAAUGACAUCACUUCAUCUUUUUAUUUGUAGCUUCUAAAUGAUUAUUGCAAUUUAUUUACUCUUUAUUUAUGGGGCUGUUUUGGUGCUUAUACCCCCUUUAGUUGAUGGAGGGAGUUAGUUUUUAUAAGUUCGCCGAUUGUUUUCGGGAGUUCCAAAGAGAAGUACUGUUUCUUAAUUAAGGUUAUUGUUUUGUUGCAUGCUCUAUUUGAGUUCGAUAGCACUUCUCUAGCAGUAUAACGGAGUAUAAGCCUAUUUCUUGUUUUGUCAAAUGUGUUAGUUUAGUAUCAUUUUCUAGAUUUAAUGUUUUUUAUUUAAUGGGCGAGUCAUUGGAAGGUGAAAAUUUAGGAGACCAAAUAGUAACUUUUGCAGGAAUGGGCAGUGACCUGACUCUACGGUUAGUAAUUUUCAAAUGCUCUCAGUUUCUAUGUCAUAUUGUUUUUCACAAGACCUUUUAGCUUUUCUUUCUAAUUUAAAUAACCACUCAAGAAUGCCCAUUGCAAAUUUGGUUAUGUGAUUUUUGCAGGCAGAGUGGAAGAAAAAAGGUGAGGCAGUGGGUUCUCUAGUUCAUGCCAAGAUAAAGAAAGACAUAAGCUGCUUAGUUUUGAGUGGAAUGCUGGAGAGCAGUGAUGCUGAGAUAAAGAAGGCAACCUAAAGCUCCCCUUUUUACUGACAAAAGCAUACGUAUUGAUUAUGUUCAAUACUUGAACCAUUUUUGCAUCUUUGACAGGAGGAUGAAACUGCCUAUUGUUCAGAUGGAUUAUUUAGUAGACUGCUUUGGGAGGACGAAAAAACUUCCUUUUGGUAUGUACAAAGUAUACGCAAUUGGAGAGUCAUAUAGUGUGGUUAUUGUCAAAGUGUAAGGGAGGAGUGUUGUACACGAGUCAUCUGGUUUACAAGACUCUGAGCAUAUCCUCGAGGUUGGAAAUAGCAUUUAUGUUACAACUGUAAGUAUGUCAGAUCCCGCAUCUCGUAUCAAUAGGGAAUUCUAGUUCUUCCAUGUUUUUUUACUUUGUACUAAAAUUUCUCUUUGUUAUCAUUCUUUUAAAGUAAAAACCAACAUCUACUGCCCUAGCGGCCUUUACCAUUAUUGUGAUCCUCUUUUAAGAAAAGUUUUUUUUCCCU